AUGUCCAUGUCCUUGAGGGGAAGGCGCCAAAGCCGGCCAGCCAUCAUUCUCUGCUACGAAGUCGUCGUCAGCUCUGCAGCCUUCGUCAAGCCCAGGCUUCCCGACCGUGUCCGUUCAUAUGCCAGCGGCUCCACCUCGACGACCUCGCGCCACGACCCUGAGUACACGUCCCGUCCGUUGAUACCUCCCAUUCGCUGUUGCGCCGAUAACGCGGGACCAGCCUCCACCGCACACCGCACCCCCACAGAAGGCUCAGACUGCCUCGUUGGUCCGCUCGCCUGUUGUCAACUCGGCAACUCGGCAGCCACUCCCGAGCCUGCUGGUCCUUCCAGCUCACGCUCUGAUGGCAAAACCGCCAACGCCCGGAAUGCCAGCCCGGCCGCGUUUGAUGCCAACCUCAAGGAGCAGGCCCUCGUCCAGCUUGUUGUUCAGCGCGCCCCAGCGAGCGGCGACACCGUCGGUGUGGUCUGGCGUCAGCUGGAGGAAAUGAUUGCGGAGCGUGUCAGACGUCUGACUUGA